GUUCCUUUUUACAGCUUUUGUUUCUCUUCAAAUUCAGUAUCUUUUUUCAAUCUUUUCUGCGUUGUUCUGUUUCUGGGUAUAUUUGGUGUUUAAAGGUGGGGGGUGGGGAGACUGGAGAUUGUGAAGAGAGUUAAUUUGGGGUUUGGGAUUUUCUGUUUUGGGUGUGUUUCUCAUCUGGGUGUUUUUGUUAAUUUGAUUGGAGAUGACUGUGGAGGAAAGAAGGGGUGGUUCUGGUGGUGAAGAUGGGGGCCGGGAAAGAUUUCCGGUGGGUAUGCGGGUUUUGGCUGUUGAUGAUGACCUGACCUGUCUCAAGCUUUUGGAGAAUCUGCUGCGUAAAUGCCAGUAUCAAGUUACUUCAACUACUCAGGCAAUCAGAGCACUUGAAAUGUUGAGGGAAAACAAGCACAAAUUCGAUCUUGUUAUUAGUGAUGUUAAUAUGCCAGACAUGGAUGGUUUUAAGCUUCUUGAGCUUGUGGGGCUUGAAAUGGAACUACCUGUAAUCAUGUUGUCAGCUCAUAGUGAUACCAAGCUUGUAAUGAAGGGGAUUACACAUGGUGCUGUUGACUAUUUGUUGAAGCCUGUUAGGAUUGAGGAACUGAAGAACAUAUGGCAACAUGUAGUUAGGAGAAAGAAAUUUGAAUCCAAGAGCCAAAACAAGGCUCAGCGAACAACUGAAGAAGCUGGACAAGGGACCACAUCAACAGGCAGUGCUACUCAGGGUGGGAAAGUAAAUAAGAAACGAAAGGACCAAAGUGAGGAUGAAGAAGAGGAGGAUGAAGAUAAUAGCAAUGAAAAUGAGGAUCCCUCAACGCAGAAGAAACCUCGUGUUGUAUGGUCUGUAGAGCUGCACAGGAAGUUUGUUGCAGCUGUCAAUCAAUUGGGUCUAGACAAGGCUGUUCCAAAGAAAAUUCUUGACCUCAUGAAUGUUGAAGGGCUCACAAGGGAAAAUGUAGCAAGCCAUCUGCAGAAGUAUAGGCUCUAUCUCAAAAGACUAAGUAGUGUUGCAACCCAGCAAGCAAACAUGGUGGCUACAUUUGGCAGUAAAGAUACAUCUUUCUUGCGCAUGGCCUCACUGGAUGAAUUUGGAGAUUUUCGCACAUUGAGUGGACAUGGAAGCCUCUCAAGUACUACUCUAUCAUCAUAUCAAUCCAGUGGAAUGCUUGGUAGACUGAACUCCCCAGCUGCUUUAAGUCUGCAUGGGAUUUCUGCUUCUGGCAUGGUCCAACAGGGACACACCCAAAACUUGAACACUUCUGCUUAUACUCUUGGAAAGAUUCGGCCAACUGUAUUCCCUACAAAUCAAAACCAAAAUGCAAAUUUGUUGCAAGGGAUCCCAACAUCAUUAGAGCUCAACCAGCUCUUGCAGACCAAGUCUCCAACUCAAAUAGGAGAUUUCAACCGUGUUAAUGAUCCAAUGUUUUUUGGUGUUGCCUCUAGCUUCCCAGAUGCUAGAGCGACAAUUGGUAGCUCAAGCAACUCCAUAUCAACAGCCUCAGGCAACAGUUUGCUGUUACAAGCAAAUCCACAGCAAACACUUAGUAGAGCUGCAUUUGGAAAUCGAUCUUCACCUGCUGUUGCCUCACUGAAUCAGGAAUCUUUCAAUAUGGACGUUCAAGGUUCAAAUUUUACUGAUAGUAAUAGAUGCAGCCAUAACUGGCAGGGUGCUGUUCAAUUAUCCAAAUUUCCUUCGAGUUCAUUGCCAAUAAGUGAAGCUUCUGGUCAUGAGCAGCUGUCUUGCAAUAAUCUUCAAGCCAACUUCUCUUUGUCAAGCUCUCAAGUGGGAAACAACACAGGUGACCUUCCUUCUUCCAUGGCUAUCACAGCCCGCCUGGAGGAUUCUGUAGGAGACAUGCAGUGCCAACCUGGUAUGAAUAAUGAUGUCAUUCGAAAGAUGAAUUACACACCAAAGCAACUUUGGGAAGAACAUAGUGAUUACAACCAAAACUUAAACAACUCAUUCAAUGGAGUUAACUCCCUAGUUCCUUCAAGUGGUUCUGUAAUGGACCAAAAUGGUGCAGUUGGCAGUAAAAGGGCUGAUGAUUCUUUGUUCAGCCAGUUAAAUAGAGGCAUGCCUCCUCUUGCUGGGCACAUUGAUGACGAGAAAUCUACCUAUGGCUCAAAAUUGAGAUCCAACGAGGACUUCUUCCUGGAACAGAUGAAGUCUCAAAAUGGUUUCAUUCAAAGUAAUUAUGAAUUGGAUGAUAUAAUGAGUGCCAUGAUCAAACCGGGACAGAAUAAUCAGACAUCAUUGAUGGAUGGAGAAUUCUGGGUUUGAUGCAUAUGCCGCUCUCCCGGGUCAUGCAUGUGAGAUGGAUUAUUAAGCUGAUUCUUGGGUUUGAUGGAUGGAUGACACGAGUAUACUCCUCUAAAUAGGGGAGUCUGUAUCAUUAUGUAAUCACUGCUGCAACUUUUAAUUUCUUGUUGCAACUGAUGACAGCAUUUCUUUUUCUUUUUCUAUUAUAUUUUUAUUUUUAUUUUCUUUUAAAUUACUUACUGGUGUUUCCAUAGCUCUUUAUGGACGGCCACUUGAGAAAUUUUUUUCCUUUUUCUUUUAGAUUUUGUAUCUCCUAUAUCUCAGAAUGCUAUAGAAGCCAGCAGCCUCUGAGGUUAACUUGGAUAAGUAAAUUUCUCACCAGGAAGUAUGCAACACUUUUGAAGAGAAAUUAUUAGUUUCUUUUAAAUAAAUGUCUUUUGCUCGU